GUGGUGGCGGCCGCGCACGCCGCCGGAGCCAUGCCGCGGGGCCGGCCCCCGAAGCCCAAGGAGAGCAAGGCGCGCGGCGGCGACUCCGAUGGAGUUUUAACAUUGAAUGCGGAGAACACUAAUUAUGCCUACCAAGUUCCAAACUUCCAUAAAUGUGAAAUCUGUCUGCUGUCUUUCCCAAAAGAGUCUCAGUUUCAACGCCACAUGAGGGAUCACGAGCGGAAUGACAAGCCACAUCGAUGUGACCAGUGCCCCCAAACAUUUAAUGUUGAAUUCAACCUGACGCUUCAUAAAUGCACCCACAACGGGGAAGACCCUACCUGUCCUGUGUGUAACAAGAAAUUCUCCAGAGUGGCUAGUCUCAAAGCACAUAUUAUGCUGCAUGAGAAGGAAGAGAACCUCAUCUGUUCCGAGUGCGGGGAUGAGUUCACUCUGCAGAGCCAGCUGGCUAUCCACAUGGAGGAGCACCGGCAGGAGCUGGCCGGACGCCGGGUGCACACCUGCAAGGCCUGCAAGAAGGAGUUUGAGACGUCUGCUCAGCUCAAGGAGCACAUGAAGACACAUUACAAAAUUAGGGUCUCAGGUACAAGGUCUUAUAACCGGAAUAUUGACAGAAGCGGAUUCACAUACUCAUGUCCUCAUUGUGGAAAGACCUUUCAAAAGCCGAGCCAGUUAACGCGCCAUAUCAGGAUACACACAGGUGAAAGGCCAUUUAAAUGCAGUGAAUGUGGAAAAGCUUUCAACCAGAAGGGGGCGCUGCAGACGCACAUGGUUAAGCAUACAGGUGAAAAGCCCCAUGCCUGUGCCUUUUGUCCUGCUGCGUUUUCUCAAAAAGGAAACCUUCAGUCACAUGUACAGAGAGUUCACUCAGAGGUCAAGAAUGGCCCUACCUAUAAUUGUACAGAAUGUAGUUGUGUAUUUAAAAGUCUAGGCAGCUUAAAUACUCACAUCAGCAAGAUGCAUAUGGGUGGGCCCCAAAAUUCAGCAAGUGCUACAGAGACGGCGCAUGUUUUAACGGCCACACUCUUUCAGACUUUACCUCUCCAGCAGACAGAAGCCCAGGUCACGUCCUCGACCGGCCAGCAGGGCUCGCAGGCUGUCACUGACGUCAUCCAGCAACUUCUGGAGUUGUCAGAGCCGGGCCCCGGGGACGCCAACCCGUCGCCCCAGCCUGGCCAGCAGCUGAGCAUCACCGUGGGCAUCAACCAGGACAUCUUGCAGCAAGCCUUAGAAAACAGUGGGCUGUCUUCAAUUCCAGUUGCAGCUCAUCCUACCGACCCCAGCCAUGCUAAGACAUCCACAACCCAGAUCCAAAGUCCAGACAUUGCCAAUGUUGCCGGCGAGCAGGCUGAGCCUACUGAUGCAGAGCAAGAGAAAGAACAGGAGAGCCCAGAAAAGCUGGAUAAAAAGGAAAAGAAGAUGAUAAAGAAGAAAUCACCUUUUCUACCUGGUUCGAUUCGCGAGGAGAACGGAGUAAGGUGGCAUGUGUGCCCCUAUUGCACAAAGGAGUUUAAGAAGCCCAGCGACCUGGUGCGCCACAUUCGCAUCCACACCCACGAGAAGCCCUUCAAGUGCCCGCAGUGCUUCCGGGCCUUUGCCGUGAAGAGCACGCUGACUGCCCACAUCAAGACACACACGGGCAUCAAGGCCUUCCAGUGCCAGUACUGCAUGAAGAGCUUCUCCACCUCAGGAAGCCUCAAAGUGCACAUCCGCCUGCACACAGGCGUUAGACCUUUCGCUUGUCCUCACUGUGACAAAAAGUUCCGAACCUCAGGCCACAGGAAGACACACAUUGCCUCUCAUUUCAAGCACACCGAGCUCAGGAAGAUGAGGCACCAACGCAAACCCACAAAGGUUCGAGUGGGCAAGACCAAUGCUCUGGUGCCCGAUAUUCCUCUGCAGGAACCAAUUCUCAUCACCGACUUAGGUCUUAUCCAGCCCAUUCCGAGAAACCAGUUUUUUCAAAAUUAUUUUAAUAAUAAUUUUGUAAAUGAAGCCGAUAGACCAUACAAGUGUUUUUACUGUCAUCGAGCAUAUAAAAAAUCUUGCCACCUUAAACAGCACAUCAGAUCGCAUACAGGUGAAAAGCCUUUUAAAUGCUCUCAGUGUGGAAGAGGUUUUGUGUCCGCGGGCGUGCUGAAGGCACACAUCCGCACGCACACGGGACUAAAGUCCUUCAAGUGUCUAAUAUGCAAUGGUGCGUUCACCACGGGUGGCAGCCUGCGGCGCCACAUGGGCAUCCACAACAACCUCCGGCCCUACAUGUGCCCCUACUGCCAGAAGACGUUCAAGACCUCCCUCAACUGCAAAAAGCACAUGAAAACCCACAGGUAUGAACUUGCUCAACAGCUCCAGCAGCACCAGCAGGCCGCCUCCAUCGACGACAGCACUGUGGACCAGCAGGGUAUCCACGUGUCCACCCAGAUGCAGGUGGAGAUCGAGAGCGAUGCGCUGCCCCAGACAGCCGAGGCAGUCGCUGCGAAUCCCGGAGCCAUCCUGGAACUGGAGCCGCAGCACGUCGUGGGCACGGAAGAGGCCACGCUCAGCCAGCCGCUGGCGGACCAGCCCUUGGAAGCAGAUGAAGAUAGGUUUGUGACCCCUCAACAUCCUCUACAGGGGCACAUCGACCAGUUUGAUCAGCAAACUCCAGCACCGCAGGCCUUUGAGCCAGCAGCCUUGUCACAAGGCUUUACAGUGACUGACACGUACAAUCAGCAGACUCAGUUUCCCCCUGUCCAGCAAUUACAAGACUCCAGCACGCUGGAAUCUCAAGCCCUUUCCACCAGUUUCCAUCAGCAGAACCUGCUCCAGGUCCCCAGCUCAGAUACAAUCAGUGUGACAACUCGUUUGAUCCAGGAGUCAUCCCAAGAGGAGCUGGAUGUGCAGACGCAGCGGCCCCAGUUCCUAGAGGACGGCGAGGACCACACCCGACGCUCCUACAGGUGUGACUACUGCAACAAAGGUUUUAAGAAAUCCAGCCACCUGAAGCAGCACGUGCGCUCACACACUGGCGAGAAGCCCUAUAAAUGCAAGCUGUGUGGGCGUGGGUUUGUCUCCUCGGGGGUGCUCAAGUCCCACGAGAAGACACACACAGGGGUGAAAGCAUUCAGCUGUAGUAUAUGCAAUGCCUCUUUUACCACCAACGGCAGCCUCACCAGGCACAUGGCCACGCAUAUGAGCAUGAAACCUUACAAAUGUCCGUUUUGUGAGGAGAGCUUCCGAACCACAGUCCACUGUAAAAAACACAUGAAGAAACACCAGACGGUCCCCUCUGCUGUGUCAACCACUGGAGAGUCAGAAGGAGGAGAGGUAUACCUGGAGGAAGAGGAAGAAAGUCCCGAGAGGAACACAUCUAGAAAAUCUCGUCCUGAGGUCAUCACUUUCACAGAGGAAGAAACGGCUCAAUUAGCCAAAAUUCGGCCGAGGGAAAGCGCCACUGUCUCUGAGAAGGUUCUCGUCCAGUCUGCUGCGGAGAAGGACCGCAUUAGCGAGAUGAAAGACAAGCAGGCUGAGCUCGAAGCAGAGCCAAAAUACGCCAACUGCUGCACCUACUGCCCCAAAAGCUUUAAGAAGCCCAGUGACCUGGUCAGGCAUGUCCGAAUCCAUACUGGAGAAAAGCCAUACAAGUGUGAUGAGUGCGGGAAGAGCUUCACUGUGAAAUCCACGCUUGAUUGCCACGUGAAGACUCAUACAGGUCAGAAGCUCUUCAGCUGCCACGUCUGCAGCAACGCCUUCUCCACAAAGGGAAGCCUGAAGGUUCACAUGCGUCUGCACACAGGUGCGAAGCCCUUCAAGUGUCCACACUGCGAGCUGCGUUUCCGCACCUCUGGGCGCAGGAAGACACACAUGCAGUUCCAUUAUAAGCCCGACCCCAGGAAGGCCAGGCGGCCCGCAACCAGGAGCUCCUCUGAGGGACUGCAGCCCGUGAGCCUGCUCAGCACCUCCUCCUCGGACCCCAAUGUGUUCAUCAUGAACAACUCUGUCCUUACUGGGCAGUUUGAUCAGAAUUUGCUUCAGCAAGGGCUGGUAGGCCAGGCGAUUCUUCCUGCUUCCGUGUCUGCCGGUGGGGACUUGACAGUGUCUUUGACGGACAGCGGUCUGGCCACCCUCGAGGGCAUACAGUUACAGCUGGCUGCUAACUUGGUUGGACCAAAUGUCCAGAUCUCUGGGAUCGAUGCCUCCAGCAUUAACAACAUUACCUUACAGAUCGACCCGAGUCUUCUGCAGCAGACUCUGCAGCAGGGUAAUGUGCUUACCCAGCAGCUGACAGGGGAGCCUGGCCUGACCCCGCAGAGCGGCUCGCUCCAGACCCCAGAGAGUGCUGUCCCAGCUAGUGUGGUCAUCCAGCCCAUCUCGGGCCUGUCCCUGCAGCCCUCGGUGACAUCGGCAAAUCUGACCAUCAGCCCCCUGUCUGAGCAGGACUCUGUGCUGACCACCAGCAGCAGUGGGGCCCAGGAUCUCUCUCAGGUGAUGACUUCUCAGGGGCUCGUGUCCACAUCCAAUGGUCCUCAUGAGAUCACCUUGACCAUUAACAACUCCAGCCUGAGCCAGGUGCUGGCUCAGGCAGCCGGUUCCUCCUCUACAUCGUCCUCGGGGUCCCCGCAGGAGAUCACCCUCACGAUAUCAGGUCAAGAUCUUAUUCAACACAAUUCUAACGGGAGUAGUGAACUAAAUGGAAGCAUACGAUUGUCAGCACCUGCAAUCAACAAUCAGUCCACAGGUGCCACCUUAACAAUAAGCAAUGAUCAACUUCUCUCACAGAGUGCAACAUUAAACUCCUCAGAACUUAACGCCACUCCUGGGAGCCUUCCUUCUACCACGCCCAUGUCUCCAUCCACCAUAUCCACACAGAACCUGGUCAUGGCGUCGUCAGGGGUGGGAGGCGACGCCAGCGUCACACUCACGCUGGCUGACACUCAGGGCAUGCUUUCUGGGGGUCUUGACACGGUGACGCUGAACAUCACCUCGCAGGGCCAGCAGUUCCCGGCGCUGCUUACAGACCCAUCCCUCUCAGGCCCAGGCGGCGCAGGCUCCCCGCAGGUAAUCCUGGUGAGCCACACGCCACACGCUCCCUCGGCUGGGUGUGAAGAACUGGCUUACCAGGUGACUGACGUCUCUGCAAACCUGACCAAAGGGAGCCCGCCUGAGAAGGAGGGCCGGGCGCACCAGUGCCUGGAGUGCAGCCGCGCCUUCUCGUCAGCUGCCAUGCUGCUGCACCAUAGCAAGGAGGUGCACGGCCGUGAGCGCAUCCACACCUGCGGGCUCUGCAGCAAGGCCUUCAAACGCGCCACGCACCUCAAGGAGCACAUGCAAACACACCAGGCCGGCCCUUCUCUCAGUUCCCAGAAGCCGAGAGUGUUUAAGUGCGACACUUGUGAGAAGGCAUUUGCCAAACCAAGCCAACUGGAAAGACACAGCCGUAUCCACACAGGGGAGCGGCCAUUCCGGUGCACGCUCUGUGAGAAGGCCUUCAACCAGAAGAGCGCGCUGCAGGUGCACAUGAAGAAGCACACGGGCGAGCGGCCCUACAAGUGUGCGUGCUGCGCCAUGGGCUUCACGCAGAAGAGCAACAUGAAGCUGCAUAUGAGGCGUGCACACAGCUAUGCGGGCUCCCUGCAGGAUGCCACCAGCCACCCAGAACAGGAUGGGACAGAGCUGGGCCGGACACUGCACCUGGAGGAGGUGGUACAGGAGUCGGCUGGCGAGUGGCAGGCCCUAGCCAACGUGUUCUGACAGAAGCCGGAAGUACACUUUAAUGAACAUUUCUGAGGUCAAAUUCUGUGAAGAACAAAGCACUUGGAAUUUCUGUCUUGAAGCCUCAAGUGUUAAAAAUGUUAACACAAUAGUUUUUUAGCUAUAAAUUUAUCUAAAGAAUCAUUGUCUUUCAGAGACUUACAGGAAAAGACUGGGAACGUGUGAGUGCGUCGCCCUCGUCUGUCUCCAAUCACUGAACUCAGGUACCCUAGUAGGCAGUCUUGUCUUUCUGCCGCGGCCAGUGCAUCUGGUCACAAAGGAAUUAACUGGAUCUGACCAUCAUUGUAGUGUGAUUUCUUUGUAUUAGCAAAGACAAGAGUUAACGUGGAAUAAGUAUGUGUGGCUUUACCUCAGGCUUUCUGUUAUAAGAAGGAGAGCCUAAAAAGCAAACACAAGAAGUGCGUGAAGUUCAGAAAAAAAUGUCAUAACGCACGAGGAAGUUUUGUCUGCUUUUUUCUCUGUGUAUUUUGAAAAUUGGUAGAAACGGACCCUUUUUAGGCUACAGUAAGUUAAUAGAAUUAAUACCUUGAGAGAUGGCUGGUCCAACUCUCUCUCCAUUGGUCACUAGGAAGCAGUACCUGGGGCAGAGAGAGGCCGACUGCCCUGGCAUGCGGUGGUGGUGCAGGUGCUGUGGCCCGUGUGCAGUCAGGUGGCUGCUGCGGAAGGCACAAGCCGUCAGCGGGAAAAGACAGACAGGGUCGUCCUCAGAGCAGAAGGACCGGGCCUGCCCUCCUCAGCAAGUAGAAGGUAUAUGCAGUCCAAGCAUAAGGAUCCACAGAUGCCCCAGGUUGUUCUCUCCACGCGUAAACACGCAUAAUCUUAUUUCAGGGAAUUCUUUAGUAUCAUUGACGGUGCCACAUCAAACACGUCCAAACUGAACCCCACCCCCACCCCCCGGGGUGAGUGCAAGUCAUCCUUGUAACAUUCCAAAGAUGGAAGACCCCUACCUGACUUUAGUGUUUCCUUUCCAAUUAUUUAUAUGUUCUAUAUAUAAAUACAGAUGUACAUAGAUAUACGGGCCUCUGUGUGGCUGAGCAGUAUAUUUUGUAAAUAGGAGCACUAGGUCUCCACCCACCUUGACAGAGCUCCAGCGUCCGCCUGCCUGUGAGCGCUUCCAGGUCAGUAUUGGACUCAUUAAUAAGUAUCUUUUCGUUGUAACAUAAAGCCGGGUUUUAUUUUUUUCCUGAAAAAUAAUUGACUUUAUUUUCUGUCAUUGCCUCCUUGGUUUCAGAAGAGAGUAGUUUUAUUAUAAAUAUUGUAUGGAUUUUGUAUACUGAGAGAGGAGACCAUUUCAAAUUCUUACAGAGGGACAUUUCACUGUUAUCUUGAAAGGGUAUCUUUUGAUUUUUUGUCCUCAUUGUUGUUCACUUUUGGCAUCUGUAUAUAAGUGAUAUUGAUGGCGAUAUGAAAAAUUUUGUUAUGUGAAAAUAUUUAAGCCAGAAAACUGUUAAAUAAUAUUACUUCUUUUCCAAACUGCUUUGUGUAUUGUAUAUUUUUUUAAGGGGGAAAAAAAAGCCUUAUUUCACUUACUCUUGUGAUCCUGAACUUCUUAUAAAUCCUGAGGUGUCUCUUAAAUGUCGAUGUGUACACCUGGCUGUCAUCAGUAUAUUCAGAAUAAUUGUAAUUAUGCUGGUGUUUUAAAGGUUCUACUUUUAAUGCACUUUUUCUUUCAUAAUUUUGUAUUAAAAUAUUUUAGUAAUGUUGAUUUAUUUUGAUGACCAAAUAUCCCCAAGGUUGAAAUUUAUGGAAUUUUUAAUUUUUGUUCUUGCUGGGUUAUUUAUUUUGCUUUUAGCAUUCAAUGCCAGCUCAGGACAGUGUCUAAAAGGGGCUUGUUUAAUUCCUAAUUGUAUAGAAAGCCUUAUUUAGUGAACUGGGUUGGUUAAUUACCUGUUUAGGUAAGGUACUAAUAGAUGAGUUUAAAGUCUAUUUUUAUUUUGGGUUAAAGAAAAAGAAAAAAAAGUCAUAAUCCAUUUUGUGACUUUUCUCAAUUUAUUUAGCAAGCAAACAGAAGACAUUCAUGUAUUAUUUUGAUGUAUUCCUAAUUAUAAACGCUGCUUCUUUGCAAAGCACCCCUUGAAAUACAAGGUUUUGUAAAGACAUAAUUUCACUUGAAUCUUUGAUGUUUGAUCUUUAUAUUUUACUGAUAAAUAAAAGGUCUUCUUAGCGAGAGGUUUCUAGCCUCACACAUAACCAGGGUUUUGAGGAUAGAUAACUGUAUUUUUAGAAAUAUCAUGGCAUAUCUGCUUUGGAAUAGCUAUAAAUAGAAAACAAAAUUAGGAAAGAUGAUUGAUUUCUUUUCCUUUUUAAAAUUUAAUAUAAUAUAGUUUGGCACAUGAAUUAAUUUCAAGUUUGGAUACUUUUUAAAAGAAGAGAACUCUAAUGAUAUUUUCCGUUACCCCUGUAAAAUCCAGACAAUGAACACUUAACCUUGCGAGGCCCAUGAAAAAGCUUCAGAUUUUAAAAAUCAGGAUGUGGCACAUGGGUCAGUGAGGGGCAGCCUGUAAGCAUCAGCGUAAUCCUGCACGAGUGUCAUAACUGACCCCAAUUCUUUCUAUGUUGGCCCUGUGGAGCAGCACCCUGGUCAUGGAGGGACCUUUAACCCAUGUUCAUGGUAAAGUAACUGUGAAGCAUUUAAGUAAACUGGAAGAAUGAAUGCUUUUUCCAAAGUUGGGAUGUAGUUUAUAUGAUGAGAUAGCAGGAGGAAUCUAGUAGGUAUAGAAUCCAAUCACUGAGAUAAUGCAAAAGUGGUGGUUUUUUCAGAGAAUGACAGUAGAUUAAAAUAAAAACAUUUUUUCAAAAAUGUAAACUCAAGGGCCUCCUCCCCAUUCUCCCAGACAAGUUCUACUUCUGCCCCUUUUUAGUAUCUGGUGUGUUUUAGACAAGGAUGUCGUUAAAGAAACCCCAUCACACAUGGCCAGCUGACGUUGCCAUCACAGUGGGAGGCUCUCGAGGGGCCUGCCUUCUCCUCCUCGCCACAUCUUAUGGGUGAAACAGGACAAUCAUGAGGAAGAGUGUGUCAGCAUCUAACUCGGGAAUGUGGCUUUAAGGACGGUGUUUUGUACUUCCCCCAUUGCCAUUUUUAAGGAAAUGUGAAUUUGAGUUUUUAAAAUUAGAGCUAGUGUUCUGUGUCUUUGUCUAAACUCUUCUGUGACAUUUGUGUUCAAGAGAUGCAUGGCUUAGUGCAGAUAUAAUUCAAACAGUAGAAGUGGGUUUCUGUUCUUCCUCUGACUUUGCCUCUUUUUCAAAGAAUAUUUAUAGCUCAUUAAGAUGCACAGUUAUUACAUGAAGUGAUCCUCACACUGAUUUGUGUCGCUGGCAUCUUUUUAAAGAAAGUAAGAGACAUAGAACUGCUUUUCUGGUUAUUAUCUUUAACAGUAUCUCAUCCUGCCUUUUGCAGAAUUUUUUCCAGAAGCUUGUUUCAAAGUCAGUAGUGUGCACCCGAACACCCCAGAGAAGUUAAUCCAAGGACUGAAUGUUGCUAAUUUAACCUUUUCCAAAAAUCUCUUGUAGAGUAAAUGAGGCCGAGGUGAAAUUAUAUGACUGAUGCUUCUAGUCUGGAGUUCUCCUCCUUUUGCCACUUGAUCUACAUUCAUGUAAUGUAGGUACUUUGCAUUUUUAGAGUAGAAUUUCUAAACUGCCUGCAUACAUACCCCAAUUCAGUGGAAUAUUAUAUGCCUAUUUGGGGCCUCUAUAUCUUUACCUUACACUCAUGAAAAUUAUUUUGAAAUCCAGUUGUAUCUUCUUCAUUGUUCAGAAAGUAGAGGUGAAUAGAAUCUUUUACAAGAUUAGAAGCCCUACACAUCCCUAGAAAAGACAUUUUCUCUGGCUUAGUAAGAUUAAUAAACCAUGUGCCCUUUUUGGUCAUUGCGGAUCCAGUGGAAAUCAGCCCUCUCUUGUCUGCUCCCCAGGCACACACACACAGUGGGCCCGCUCGCUCUCUCUUCCACACUCAUCCACUCUCUACGAGCAGGCACGGUGGUAGUUUUUAUAUGGAUGACUAAUAAAAUAUCUAAGCACUUACUAAAGAUUAGUCCAUAUAAAUGGCAGGAGCAAUAGGCAGGAAUAAUGAAAGGAUUUGCUGUUUAAUCUUUUUUUUUUUAUGUGUAAUGCUCUUCAGCAUGAAGACUGUUGUAUUAAAUCAAGGUUUGUAUUCUGUUUGACAAAUUCUAAAAUGACCUAGUGAUUCAUGAUUGAUUUGCCACUAAAGAAAACCUUUAAAGUUAAUUUUUUUUGUUUACAGGAGAGAUCCUUUUUUAUCUUCAAAAUUGUUUCAUGAUCUAUUUAUACUUUGGAUAUUUAUUUAGUCCAAUUUUGUAUUAGAAAUGGACAGUUAUGCUAAAAGCCAACUGUGCUGGCUUUAAAUAUAAUAAAAAAUAGUUUUUGUACUAUUUUAAAACUCCUGUAUAUUUACUUAUUUGGGCUCUGGGUGAGUUUUUACAGUGUAACGAUGGAUGUUUUCCUUAGGUAACGUUUUCAGCAUGGGUUAAUGCAGUAUAACAAUGCUGAAAUUGUAAGCAGUUCAGACCCCUGGGGCUUGAAUACUGUGAGGAGGCCUUAUUUACUAUCCUUGAGGAUAUUUUCCAUUAUCUCUCUUCUUUGUAAGGUAUUUGAGAGAAUCAGUGACUUGGAGACAAACUCAAUUAUAGUAUCAAUUUACCCAUUUAUGGAAUUUGUUGGGCUUUGGACUUUCCAAGAAAGUCUAAACUUUUAUGAAGUUAGCUUAUUUCAUCUGAUCUUUAUUUAAGAUAAAGUUUACUUCUAAACUUGUAGAAGUUUUUAGUUUGUAGAGUCAUUAUCCUGUUGAAAUAACAAAGUAUUUCUUUUUUCUCAGAUAAUCUUAUUCCUAGCACAGAGUAGGGACUCUGUGCCUUUUGGGGCUUAAAUGAUCAAAAUAAUUUUUCCCCCAGGGCAUGGUUCAGAGGGAAUAAGAAACUGUUUUGUCAUUCUUGUUGCUUGUUUUUAAGAGGCAUGUUGUUUAAUAGUUUUAAAAUUAUGGUAGGUGGGGGAAGAGGAUUUCUUGUUUAAAACUAUAAGAUUAUGGAAAAUUUGUUCCCACUACAGUGGAUUGCCUUAGCUAUUUAAAAUGCCUCACCAAAUUAGUGUCUUCCAGAAUGCUUGGCUCUUUCUUGUUACAUAUAGAGUGUUCUUAUUUAAACAUGAAAGAUCGGGUUCCCCUGUAGCCCACCGUGUGUGCGGGCAUCACUUGGACCUCUUGGCAUCACCCUCUGGGAACUGGGGCUCAAUGAACCCAUGCAAACGCUGACACUCUGGUGACUGCUACUGUGGUGAGUAAUAAAUAGCCCUUUGUUUUUGAGCCAGGAGACUCAUGUCUUCUGCCAGCAUGCAUAAGACUGGAAUAGGCCAACAUGUGAGCUGGCACUGGGGUGAAAUCUCAGCCCCUUCCUAGUUCUUGACGAUAUGUUGUCAGUUUCCUCUGGAGGCCUUGAAGUAUCUGUGACUCAGUUUGCAGUGGGAAUGGAAUUGUUUUUACAAACACUAAUGAUUGAUUUCACAUCAUCCAUGGUACUAUUCAAGUCCCGUUAUUGAGGACUUUUUUUGUUACCUAGGACCUUUAAAAGGAGCCUUUGUGGCGCAGUGGUUAAGCAUUUGGCCGCUAACCAAAAAGUCGGUGGUUCAAACCCACCAGCUGGAGAAAGGUGUGGUGGCCUGCUUCCAUAAAGAUUACAGCCUUGGAAACCGUAUGGGACAGUUCUACUCUGUCCUAUGGGUCCACUAUGAGUCAGAAUUGACUCGAUGGCAAUGGGUUUGGUUUUGUACAUUUAAAGUAGUAAAUCCCCUUUAUCCCUGAGAAAGGCUGAAAAAUGAUAGUGGGUACACCCACCAUACUACCCCACAUCCCCCUUUCUGUUCCACUAAUAAACAGAUGCUUCUCCCUGAUUUUAUUACUCUGGACCAACCAAGAGCGAUGGUUUUAUGCUACUAUUUUAGUAAUCAGAACAAAGCAGUCGUUGGUAACCCUGGUAACUGAUUUGUCUGGGAAGACAUUCUUGAGUUAGCACAGACAGCUGGCCUGGAGGUUAUCUCAGCCACUGUCUCAGGAGCUCUGGGUGAUACAGAGCAGCUGGCCUCUGCCCUAAAUACCCUACAGUCUUCCAAGUUUUCCUUCAGUCAUCUCUCUCAAGCUUAAUAAUCCAAAGUCUUUAGCCUUUUCAGUGUACCCUUUUAUCUUUGAAGCUGUUGCCAAUCUGUAGAAAAGUUCCAGCCCAUCUAAGUUGAGUGGCAUGGGAAUGGCCAUCCGGAUUGAAAUGACAUAGUACAAGGCAUUGUCAUCGUGUUUUUCUGUUCUGAUGGAGAAAAACAAACCCUUUUUUCCGUUCAAUAGAUUCUCAUGAAACCUGGGGGGCACAAACGGUGAACCCACUCAGCUGCUAAUGGAAAGGUUAGAGGUUCUAGUCCACCCAGAGGUGCCUCAGAAGAGAGGCCUGGAGAUCUACUUCCAAGAAAUCAGCCCCCGAAAGCCCUGUGGAGCACAGCUUUACUCUGACACACACAGACCGCCACGGCCGUAGAGUCAGCUCUACAGCAACUGCCGUUUUGGUUUGGGAGAUGCUGGCCCUGUAGUUCACAGCGUGAGACCAGGGAGAGUGUUCAGCUUCAGAAGAUGUGGGUGCCUGCGGCCCUUCUCUCCUAGCUCGGCCCAUUGAAUGCAUUUUCAAUCAACGUUAGGGGCACUGUGCAGACUUCUUUAGAUGGGCAGUAAGUGGGAACACAAGCUCCGCGGCUCAGUUCCUGUUUUGCAUUGUUUUGUGUUAAAAUAUUUAUCAGAAUAUUGUAUUAUCAUGGUACAAGCUAUAUUACUAGCAGCAUGCCCUUAGUUUGCCAUUUAAUGCACCUUCUAGAUAUGUAACAUUAAAUAUGCCUGCCAACUAAAAGAAUUCCAUUUCUUAAAUGUAAUUCUAUCCACAUGACUGUUCAGAUUCCUCACUCCAGAGGAGUUGGGUUGGUAGAGAAAGGAGAGGAGGCAAGGCUGCCAGUGGCCUUGACCUGUUGACCCCUCACUAGCUGAACCCCAGGCUGCUGGGCCUGGGCAGUUUUCCUGUUACUGCAGUGAGUACAAAGUCUCCAUUUUUCAUGCACUUUGAUCCUUUGCCGAGUGCAGAAGCAUUGGGACACCCAAGCAGCAGGCUUGUAUAACUAUACUUGUUCCAUGGUGGGACCCAUUCCUAAUUUCAGAUAGUUUGCGGAUAGUUUCUCAUGGUUACCACUUAAUAUUGAAAGGAACCAGUGGUUCCGUUCAAAACAAAACAAAACAGAUUUCAGUUUAUCUUGUUGAAAAAUAAUUCUUGUAACCAAGGGUGACCAUAAGCAUAUUUUCUAAAAUAAGUUGUUGAUGUCCCUCUCUGCCUGAGAAAAUGAUACUGGGUAGUUUUUCACAGACUGCUCAGUUUGCAUUAGCCGGGUGCUUAGCAGAACAAUCAAAUGUCAAUAUACUUUUGAAGAUUGUUUAAAGGUAAAUUGGGAAUUCUUCACCUCGCGAUUGAGAGGAUCAAUGCCCUAACAAUUAUAUGCUGGUCCACGUUUCUCUUAUUAACUGUCUAGUGAUAGUACAUUCUGGACCCAUGCCUUUAUGUGACACACACUGAAAUCAACAUGGGACAGGGCCAUUGCCUCACAUGGCCCCCCAGUCUACAAACCAGAACACAAAAUAAGACACUCACACAAGUCUCAUUAAAUGUUUAUUAUUUUAUUUCAAUAUUCAAGAACAGUAAAUACUUUCCAUGAAACCCAGUGCUACAGCACUUGUGUUUGGGUGUGGCCGCGAAUUGCAAACACACAGCCACCAAUCUAGCUCAAAGAUAUAAAGCCCUUGUGUUUGACAGUUUGGAGGUUGGAUUCCGAAACUUGUUUUCUAUUUUAUUUUACCCUCUCAUCAUUGAGGUGAUCUAUUAAUAGACAUUAUGUUAAACCCACACUAGACAUUCAGAAUUAGAAGGGGAUUAAAACGACACAUUUUUGGCUUUUCAUUGGUGGCCCCUCAUCUUCGUUCUGAGGGGGACUGCAUGUCCGCGUGGGAGGCGCUUCAGAAGGCCUAUAGAAGGUGCGCUAAACUCAAAAAGUGUGGAUCAGUAUGUUAGGGGGCACAAGGAAAUGUCAGCUUGUUAGAAAACAAUGGGUUCAGAGCGCUCCUCUGAUCUGGGGCUGGCCAGGUCCUGGCCGUAUGCCGAGGUCAGUAUUUGGUGGACAGGUGUACUCCUGUGUCUAAUGCACUAAGCACGGCUCGGCUCUAGGAGGGGAGUGGACAGAAUGGUUAUCUUCUCCCUGACGGUUAGUAUGGCCGUGAGCACUGCCUCCACAAGCACACAUCUGGCCCCACACAACUUUCAAGGGGGGCAGUGAAACACUGCGAACGAGAAAACUAGCAUUUCUACCCUGAGACGCACGACAACAGAACCCUCCCGCUUGGCGCUCCUUUGGACACUGGGCUGACGUGACUGCGGGAGGCCACUGGGCUCCGGAUGCCCAGGGCCACGGCGUGGUGAUGUUGCCCUCCCACUGUCAAGCCUGUUUCCCGCUGGAGGCCGUUCCCAGCCCCAGCUGGAUGCGUCCCCUUCCUCUCUCUGUCAUGCACGCUUUCAGCGAAUCGGGGUGUGGUGAGCGGACCCACCUGAGAGGCGCCUCCUCUCUCGCUGCACCACGCGGAACCCUACCAGCCGCCCGGGCCACCUUCACGUACCAAAACUCCGUAUCAGCAAACCACUCCCUGAUCCUGUUACGGGAACCUAGUGUAGUGGAGGGGAGAGGAGGGCAGAAAAAGAAAACCAAAGGAAGCCGGAUCAACAGUCCUUACCACCUUCACAGGUCUCGUUUCUCUGUGGCAGUGUCUUUGAUGGCAGUGCUCAGGGCACAGGCUCAAGGCCACAGUUGGCAUGAACACAAAGUCUAAGGGUGGGGGGAUGGGACCAGCGCUGGGCCCCGGGCAUCUGGGCAGGUCGCAGUGGGCCGUGUCCUAAGGAGUCGGUUGCUUUAUCUUCAAAUGUAAAGGAGCAGUUUUAUCCAUGUUCUGUGUCCGUUUCUCCAGUAGGAUGGGGCGUGAUGGGCCCUACUGCGUGUACAACUCAACGGGCAUUAGGGGAGAGGACAUCUGCUAUAACUAGAUAACUUAUGCAAAUGUAUUAAGGUUUUAAGGUAGUUGUAUUAAGAAGCGGAGCACAGGGUCCUAUAACGGCCACAUAAGGCUUCAGCGUCUCGCCAUGGGUGAUCCAGAACGACUAUCUCUUCCUCCCUGGGAAAAGAAGACAGCAGCGUUAGGGGAGGUUCACACGGCAGCCAUCAGCAUUGCUUCCGACUGCCAUGAUCUUUUUUUGUGAAAACCUAACCAAAACGAGUUGAAAAAUGACCCUACAGAGGGGAACUUUUCAUUCCAUUUCUCACAAGACCCUGUGGCCACUGCCAAUUGAAUUUUCACGUUACCAGUACCAGUUGACACCAAGUUGAUUCCAACUCAUGUGUGCAGAGUCGAACUAUGCUCCAUAGGGUUUUUUAGUGGCUGAUUUCUUGGGAGGUAGGUCACUGGGCCUUUUUUCUGAGAUGCCUCUGGGCGGACUCAAACCACCAACCUUCUGGUUAGUAGCUGAGGGCAUUAACCAUUUUCACCACCCAGGGAUUCUUGAAUUUGAAAGUACAAUGAGAUGAAUUCAGUUCCCAGGACCCAGAGAGCUGGUGCCUAGUAUAAUAACACCGUAUUUCUAUGUGUGAAAAACUCAGUUACUAUAUUACUGUGCCUCGAAUGAGUACUUUCUUUGGUUAGAGAUUCUAGGGUAACCAAGGGCAAUUGUAAACAACAGUGAUGAUUUUACCUUCAGAGAGAUUCUAGUGCUGAUGAACACACCUGUGGCUUCAUACCCAGAGAAGAGCCAAACACAGCACAGCCGUUAACAUGGUGGCAGCCCUCCUGUGUCAUGUGCCCUCUUGCCCACCACGCCAAGGCAAAUGUGCUACACACCGGGGUCGUCUACAAACUUUGACUCAAAAAGAUCUUAAAGCCAGAAACACACGUGUUUUCUGGACAAUUGAAAGAGAGUCCGGAUUUUUUUUACAAUUUAAAAGAAAGAAAAAAAAGCUCUCCACCAACUUAAGAUGGCAUACCAUGCGCAGUGCCCAGUGUGUAAAACUGGUGUGGGAGUUGGCUCUCGAGAAGGUGAAAGAGUUUGUCACUCCACACAUCAUUAGAUUGACAGAGGAAAACCACGCUAUUUUCCUGCAUUCAAAUUUGCAUUUACAUUUUUAUUUUCUCUUUUUCUCCUUGAGUUUCCCUCUUUUAUCCUAGGUGGUGAAUGAAGAAUAUUUCAAAUAUUUUUUCUUGACUGUGAGUCCCCGGAAAGCAAGAUAUAUGAGCAGUUUGCCCUUUACCAGGUAGUAGAUUGAUGCGGCACUAACACUGGCCUCGUCUGAUUGUACUUCUCCAUGUCAUCCAAUGAUACAGAUAACUGAAGCACUAAAGCCGAAAACACCUCUCACACAGCACAGCCGAUGGAUCUAGAGGACAGUUCUGAUUUCUUGGGGGUUUAUUUUUCCCAAGUACUCUACUCAGCCUUAUAAAAGAGCCUGUUGUUGCUAAACAACUGACAUAAAAAAAAAAACCAAAAACCCAGUGCCGUCGUG